UAAACUGCUGUCCAUAUGGCAACACUGCAUACUUCAGAGAAGAGACCUUGUGUACUGACAACAAGGACAUGGUCAAACAAAGUGCUGUGCUUGGUCAUUACAAGCCACAGGUAAAUAGUAAGAAACAGAAAAUGGACACUCAGUUAUUCUCCCCAUUAUUAGGAACGAUUACUAACACUCCACCUCCACUAGAAUCUUCACAUUUGUAUAGUGACUGGGCUGCAUGUGGAGAGGAUAUCAGCACAAAAACUACCUUUCAAGACUGCACAAAAAAAAGGGCACAGAUAAAUCUCUCAUAUUCUGGCAAUGGCCCUGAUAUGUUUGGGCUAGUGACAAGUAUUUUAGAGGAGCCAAACAAGCCAGAACCAGUUACAGAUUGGAAUUCUCUCUCAAGAUUAUUUCCACCUGUGUGGGCACCUGAUCUCAGAAACAGUGGUGAAUUCUCAGGGUUUUCAUCUCAGCACUCCGUUGAAAGUAAGGAUUUUUCAGACCUGAUUGGAACGCAGAGCAACUAUCAAGACCAUUUGCAGAAGCCACGUGAUGUGGAGAUGUUACAGAGAGGACUUGAAGAUCUUCAUCUCAUAGAGUCCUGGCUUUCUCCCUCUGACUCUUACACUCAGCCUGAUAAUAUUAAUUUCUUGAGGAACAUCUACUCUGAAAAUUCCUCUUUCCAAAAUAAUACUGUAAUUCAGCAAGAAGGGUUUUCAUUGCAGAAUGUGGACCAUAACCAGCAUGUGUGUAAUUAUGAUGUGAAGUUAAACAGAGACUGUGACAAGGUCAGUUCCAAUUUUAGCACCUUUUCCUCUCAAAACCAGAUUAAAGAGGGCACCAACUUUCAGAAAGAAUUUUGGAAAACUGAAAGAUCAAGAGGUGAAAUUGUGAAAAAUGAUGCACAAGAACAAGCAAAGUACUCCCCUGAGCUCUCUAACCAGCCUGUUGAUGACUCUUGGGGUCGAGUAUCUCAGGAUAACCACUUGAUUUCUAAAAGAUAUGAAGACUUUACACCUGCUCAUAAAUCACAGUCAUCUCUUCCUCCACCUCUAUAUUUUUUUAAUCAGCCACCUAAAGAAAAUCAUUUUUCUGGAGGUGCAAACAGAAAACCACAGGAAGCCCACGUGCAAAAUGGUCAUAAUACCUUUACUUUGGGGGAUGCUUUUAAUAAUAAUGAAUGUAAAAUCCAUCUUAAUCCUAAAGAAUUUUUGCAUAAAAUUUCUGAGUAUGAUUCAUCUGUGAAAGACGCUGUACAAAAUGGGAGUUACUCAUCAUACCAUGGGCAUUCGUGGCUGGAUGGGAAAACUGCAUGUCCCACAGCUGCAUCAGAUUUUGCUUAUCAAAAACAACUCAUAACAAGCCCACAGUCAUCUUCAGGGGUUUCGACCAUGUCUGGUGGCUCUCCCACCCAUCAGUCCAUAACGCAGUCCUCUUAUUACUCACAGAUUUCACCUGCCCCCUCUGCAAGGAAAGAUGGAAGGCUACAAGUAUCCAAUGGCAUUUCUAAUAAUUUGGGUGUUUCUAAUUUCAUCGCAGAAAACCAUAAACAAAUGAAGCCUUUUGGACGCUCGUACCAUGAUUCCUUGACUAAUAAGGAGGGGCAACACCGUAAAUUUCCUGUUAAUUUUUCAUCUGGAUGGUUAAGGCAGCAAAGCUGUGUUAAUGAAGACUCUGAGAAGUACCCUAGAUUUCAGAAAAAGCCAACCCUGGAGAAUAGUAAUAAAGAUGAUAGAAGAAACAGAAGGAACUGGAUCCCUCAUUUUGGGUAUACAGCCCAAAAUCGCCAGCAGUUCAAUACAUUCCAAAAAAAGCAAGAACAGAAUGGUGACGGCAUGUCAGAUUUCAUCAGUCCUUCUUUUCUUCCUUCUUUCCCAUUAAUGUCUGAUUUUAAGCAAAAUCCCAACUUUCCUGCAUUUAAUCGCCAUCUGUUUUCAUCAGCAAAUAAUUUCAGUUUUACUCCUUCUCCCUUUCCAUUCUCGGACUUGGUUGACCUUUUUCACUAUGAUGAUUUUAACCAGUUGAAUCCCUUCAUCGGUGAUCUGUUUUGUGGGGAAAUAACUGCACCAUACUUUGCCUUUCCAUCACCAUUUAACAAAUACAGACCUCCAAGGAAUCGCAGUGGACCUGCUAAUGAACUUCAUACUCGACUGGAAGAGUGUUAUGAGCAGUGGAGAGCUUUGGAGAAAGAAAGAAAAAAGACCGAGGCUGACCUUGCAAGAAACUUCCCGGGAAAGCGUGUGUCAAGCUCCAAUAACGCUCCUGUGUCCCGACUCCCUGCUAACCCAUCCCGAGUGGAUCGCUUGAUUGUAGACCAGUUACGAGAACAAGCCAGAGUAUUGACCUUAAUAGGAAAAAUGGAAAGGCUUCGUGGCACCCCGGUCCAUGGAAACAUAUCCACUACUUUAGAACAUCAUUUGGAAGCCAUCCAUGUUACACAAGCGAGGCGUAAGGAUGAGAUUGUUAAUGCUGCUAAUCCACAGAGACACGGAGCACCACGUUAUAAUAAUGAAAAAGAUGUUCUGGCUCUGGCAGUUGCCAUAAGGGAGCUGGCUGUGUCCACACGCAAGGCUCGUACUGCUUUAUGGUGUGCACUACAGAUGACUUUACCAAAAACCUCCUUAACCAGCCCAGAAAAACAAGAAGUGGAAAGGGCCCUGCAAGAGCUUUGUCCUGCAAACACAAGCACAGAAGAAAAAAGCGACAGGGAACAUGAAAACAAAGGAAGCCAAAAAGAAGAAUCUGAGGGAUCGAUGACAAUUCUGGAAUAAUAGUGGAGGGAGAAAAAAAAAUAUAUAUAUAUAUAUAAGUAGGUAGUAAUAAUAACAAAGGGGAAGCAGAAGGCCAAGUAAGGAGGGAAGGGGAAUGUGACGUACAUAGUGCUAUGGAAAAUUUUUGAGAGGUUAUCAAAAAGCAAAAAGGGUUAAUAUAACUGAUCAGUGCUGCAAUUCUGUUACUGUGAUUCUAGUGUUGAGACACAUGUCUUGUAAUAGUGUUAAUGCAAUUUUGAUAUUGCUGGGAUUGCAAUGUCUGCUACAUAAGAUUUUUAUUAAUAAGAGGAACUAAACAGUAGCUGAGCAUUUCCUUGUCUGCUUAUCCAGAGCUGUGCAUCAGCUGCGACCGAAGCCAUGACCUGAGAAACCAGUGAGUGGCAGCAAUUAAUGCUCCUUUCUUCAUUGAUCAUACAGUUUAUCAUAGCUUUAAAAAAAAAAAAAUCCAUUUGUAAGAUUUUUCAUAAUUGUUCAGGCUGUUUUUUAUUUGGUUGGAGGUUUACUUUUGUUUUUGCAUCGUUCUGUAGUUCUCAAGUGCCAAAGUGAUUGCUGGAUAGCUUGCAUCCUGCCACUCGGUACGCACUAAUUCACUCUUCUGUGCUGAUUUUGUGACAGGGAGUCUGAUCAUUCGGGUAAUCGCUAGCAGUUUGAGGAGAAUAAUCAGUGUUUAAUUGGUGAUUGUGUGAAACGCUUCAGCAGUUGUGCUGCCAACUCUGUUUCCAGCUAAACCAAUGUAAACCGAGACUUCUCAUAGCAUAAUCUGUGUAACAAAAAGUUUUAUGAAAAAAAAGCUUAUUUAAGGAGUUUGUAGGUUUUCA